CAGCCUGAGGCAACAGUAGAAGACGUUUGCCUAAGGUGCCACGUAGUGGGACUGAACCUGGAACCAUGUAGUGGGGAAGCAAGCCCCUUAUCAUACAGUUACAUUUGUGAAAAUAUAUUUUGUUUCUGAAAGUAAAAAAUUCAGAAAAAAAUCUCCCCGUUAUACACACCCACCGCACAAAAAAAUACGAUAAAAAUAACAAAAGGAAAAAGUAUUUGAGCAGCAACACAAUUCACUUUCUGUUAGAAACGUGCAGUCGGUGCUUUAGAUCAAAAUUGAAAAUGUUGACUGCCCCCAGGAAAGUUGAUCCAAAAGAAAGAAGAGAAAAAAAAAACGAAGUUUUGAACUCGUUUUCAAUGGGUAAUUGCUUCACUGACGUGGCGGCGAACGAACUUGUUUAUAUGAACUACGUCAGAACUUGUUUCCCUCACACACCCACAAAACAAAAGAAAUGCCAAAACACAAACAAACAUCGUAAUUCAAAUACUGCUUAAAAUAGUAUUAUUAUCGUAGUAUUAUUUAUAAGAGUCAAUUGGUUGGAUCGACUGCUUUUCAAUUGACAAAACAUUCUACUCAAAAUAGCCCGUCUGUGAAAAACUCCCAAGAGUUUUAAGUGACAGUCAGGGAAAUAACGUCACAGGUGAUUGAAGCAAAUGCGCGCUGUCGUAGUAAUCAUAACCGCGUGUAAGCUUUGAAUGAACAUUGUAUGUCGCAAUAUCUUGUCGAACAGCAGCGAAACAUAAUAUAUCGUCCGUAAAAUACUGACGGAGACGAGGGCAGAUAAGAAAACUCAAUCGGGUCGACAACUUACCGUUCAAUUUGUUCUCCAAUCAUGUCAGAAAAAACAACUCAAUGUGUUGCCAAUGGCUCUGAUUUCAUGAGUCUCACACGUAAAGAUUCUUAUCCUGGAAUGCGUAAUGGAAUUACAAGUUUAAUCAAAAAUAUGGAGCCAGAUGACCAAGAUGACUUCCAAAAAGACAUGAAGCGAUUUGAAGAACUUUAUAGUCGCUAUUCACAAGAAACAGACCUAUCACUGAACUGGAGCAAAAUAAAUCCACCACCAACAGAAAAUAUGGAAACAUAUCGUGAUAGUGAAGAGAUACAAUUAGAGGAGGCCAGAGAAAUCCUAAACAAGCUUGUUGUAGUAAAACUCAAUGGUGGUCUUGGAACAAGCAUGGGUUGUAAAGGCCCUAAAAGUGCUAUCUCAGUUCGGAGUGACAACACUUUUCUUGAUCUCACGGUGCAACAAAUUGAGCACCUAAAUAAAACAUACGACACUGAUGUACCCCUGGUUCUUAUGAAUUCCUUCAAUACUGAUGAAGACACACAGAAGAUAAUCGGCAAAUAUAACCAGGUUAAAGUGAAAAUUUUCACAUUUAAUCAAAGUAGGUUCCCAAGAAUCAUCAAAGAAUCCCUGUUACCUUUACCGAAAUCUAAAGAUGAUGAUCCACAGAGCUGGUACCCUCCUGGUCAUGGAGAUGUCUAUGAAUGUUUUUACAAAUGCGGUUUUCUGCAGAAGUUUCUCAAAGCUGGUUGCAAAUAUAUGUUUCUAUCAAAUAUCGAUAAUCUAGGAGCUACUGUUGAUCUGCAUAUUUUGAAAUCUCUUCUAAAACGUCAGAAUGGUGAAGCACCAGAAUUUGUAAUGGAAGUGACAGAUAAGACUAGAGCAGAUAUCAAGGGUGGAACACUGGUAGAAUAUAAUGGCAAACUCCAAUUACUAGAAAUAGCUCAAGUUGCUGCUGACCAUGUAGAUGAAUUCAAAAGUGUCAGUAAAUUCAAAAUUUUCAACACAAAUAAUCUUUGGAUAAGUCUGGAAGCCAUAAAGAAAGUUGUGGAAGAGAAAACCCUUUGCAUGGAAAUUAUUGUCAACAACAAGACAUUGGAAAAUGGAAUUAAUGUGAUACAACUAGAAACAGCUGCUGGUGCGGCCAUUGCCAGCUUUAAACGGGCAAUAGGUAUCAGUGUUCCACGGAAACGGUUUCGUCCUGUAAAAACAACCUCUGAUCUUUUAUUGGUUAUGAGUAAUUUAUAUACCAUGAAAACGGGAGCACUUGAGAUGAGUACAAAACGCUCGUUUCCAUCUGUACCGUUGGUGAAACUUGGAGCAACUUUUCAAAAGGUAAUAAUACUUUUAUUCCUUUUUAUCAAACGGAAGGAUAUCCAAAAGGUUUCCAAAGGUGCAAUGUUUAACAUCUAUUAAAAGUGGAAAGCAGAU